UCGUGACCCCAUGUCUGCCACGGCCACCAAAAUAAGACCGGCUUCCGACUGAUUGAGCUCUGCAAAGCUAGCCAUGGAAGUAGAUGCGCUGCAGUCUCACUUCUCCCUCCUCUUCUUCUCCUUCUCCAUUUCCUUGGUGGUCGUCGCGGUUUUGGUGGAGCUGCUGAGGACUCGGCCAUGGUGGUGCAACUGCGCCGUCUGCAAGGCCUACGUGACGUCGUCGUGGUCGGCGGAGUUCGACAACCUCUGCGACUGGUACGCGCACCUCCUCCGGGAGUCGCCCACACGGACCAUCACUGUCCACGUGCUCGGAUGCACCGUCACCGCCAACCCCGACAACGUGGAGCACAUGCUCAAAACCCGCUUCGAGAACUACCCCAAGGGAAAACCUUUCGCCUCCAUCCUCGGCGACCUGCUCGGCCGCGGCAUCUUCAACGUGGACGGCGAGCACUGGCGGUUCCAGCGCAAGAUGGCGAGCGCUGAGCUCGGCAGCGCCGCGGUCCGCGUGUUCGCCUCUCAGAUCGUCGCCGAAGAGGUCGGGUUCCGCCUGCUGCCGCUACUCGACAUGGCGUGCAAGAACGAUGCGGUGCUCGACCUGCAGGACGUGUUCCGACGGUUGGCGUUCGACAGCAUAUGCAAGAUCUCGUUCGGGCUCGACCCCGGCUGCCUCCAGCUGUCGCUGCCCAUGUCGGAGUUCGCGGCGGCCUUCGACAAGGCCACGAGGCUAUUGGCGGGGAGGGCGACACAUACGAUUCCGGCGAUAUGGAAGGUCAAGCGGCUCUUCAACCGGGGAUCGGAGGGACAGAUCCGAGAGGCGAUCGAGCUGGUGGAUCUUCUGGCCAAGGAGGUCGUCCACCAGAGAAGGAAGUAUGGCUUCGCGUCGGACCAAGAUCUCCUGUCCCGGUUCAUGAGAUGCAUCGACAACGACAGGUACCUCCGCGAUAUCGUCAUCAGCUUCGUGUUGGCCGGCCGCGACACCGUCGCGUCCGCCCUGACAAGCUUCUUCAUGCUACUCUCUCGCUACCCGGCGGUCUGCUCCGCCAUUCGAGACGAGGUCGAGGACAUCGUUGGGAACGCCCCAGCGCUCGCGAGCUACGACCAACUGAGGGAGUUGCACUACUUGCAUGCGGCCUUGUACGAGAGCAUGCGGCUGUACCCGCCGGUGCAGUUCGACUCCAAGUUCUGCCUCGACGACGACGUGCUUCCGGACGGCACAUUCGUGAGGAAGGGAACGCGGAUGACGUACCACGCCUACGCCAUGGGGCGGAUGGAGGAGUUGUGGGGGAGCGACUACGCCGAGUUCCGACCGGAGCGGUGGAUCAGGCACGGCCAGUUUGUGCCGGAGAGCCCGUUCAAGUAUCCGGUGUUCCACGGCGGCCUUCGCGUGUGCCUCGGCAAGGAGAUGGCGCUGAUGGAGAUGAAGAGCGUGGUCGCGUUGGUCAUCCGCGAUUUCGACGUCGACGUGCUCGGAGGGAACCGACCGCCGAAGUUCGCGCCCGGCCUCACGGCCACCCUCAGUGGAGGGCUCGCCGUCAGAGCACGCCGGAGAACGGGCAGUGCCGCCCCACACGGGACAAGCUAACAACCACAUGUGUCAAUGGCCAAAAAUGCACUGCCAAAAAAAAUUUAUGCUGCAAUUCUACUAGAAAAAUUGUACAGAA